GUAGUACAUAAAUAUAUGAGGUGGCAACGUGGAGUAAUUUCAGAAGAGGCAAGUCUGGGAGCAGGUAAAAUCAGCGGUCCAGCAGUCGCUCCACUCUCUGUGUCUGGUCGUGUCGCCAACCGUAUUCCAAGUACUCGAGACACUGCUCACGGAAUAUAUAGUGCGAGACCUGCAGAAUACAGUAGUGCACAGCUGCAGAAUACAGCGGUGUACCGGUGGAAGAGUCAGCACGCGGACCGCCUUACCAUGUGUGCCUUCCGGCUCACCUUCACUGACGAAUCCCCGAGUCCACUUAAUUACGUUGGGAAUAUUGUGUUAAUUGGAGAUUCUGGUGUUGGCAAGAGUAAUCUUCUUUCAAGAUUUACAAGGAAUGAAUUUAACCUUGAAUCAAAGUCCACCAUCGGUGUUGAAUUUGCCACACGCAGCAUAGAGGUUGACGGCAAGACCAUAAAGGCACAGAUCUGGGACACUGCAGGGCAAGAAAGGUAUCGGGCCAUCACCUCGGCCUACUACAGGGGCGCCGUGGGUGCUCUCUUGGUGUAUGAUAUUGCCAAACUGCUCACAUAUACCAAUGUAGAACGUUGGCUGAAAGAACUUAGAGACCAUGCUGAUCAAAAUAUUGUCAUCAUGCUUGUAGGUAACAAAUCAGACUUGCGCCACUUACGAUCAGUGCCGACAGAGGAAGCCAAGGCAUUUGCCGAGAAAGAGGGCCUGUCCUUUAUUGAAACCUCGGCGUUGGAUUCCACUAAUGUAGAGACAGCCUUCCAUAACAUCCUCACAGAAAUAUAUCGCAUUGUCUCGAGGCAGCAGCUCCCAGACAGUGGAACGAAUGAACCUCCUGGUGGUAAAUCAAUCACUGUGGAGCCCACCGAACCACCCAGUGGAUCAUCCUCCAACAACUGCUGUGCCCGCUAACCCUCUUAAUCCCCAUUUUACUGAAAAGCCUCUAGCGUUCCGUCUAUCCCAAGCCCAUCUCGGUUCCUUAUUCUUGACACCUGUCUGUUAGUAUUUCCACAAAAAAACAAUACACACUCAUCACUCAAAGUUGCAGGUUGGUGGAAGACAGUCUGGUUGCAGGAGUUCUACGGUUGUUUGAGGACAUGAUAAUGUUUGCUCAUCUUUAAUUCAACUCUGUUUAUCCUCGUUCUCCACCAAUCUACAUAAUUAUUAGCAAUCUCUGCUGCUCCAGACUAAUGUUCCCUGGGUUAUUAAUAGCAUUGCAAUGCUAAUUUUCAGUGUCUGCCAAGGGAGAAUUGGUAAUAAAUGUGUGAUUAUCACUCUGUACACUAUAAAAAUAAAUAUUGUAAUUUUAAAAUGAAAAAGGAGUAGGUUUGCCAUACCUGUCUGUUUGUUGUGCUGAUGUGUAUAAGCACAAACAUGGAUUGCUAUUUUUUUUGUCAUAAUUUGUUGACUUUUGCUAAGGCUACAGAACAAUAGUUUAAUCACAUCCUCAACUAACAAAAAGAAGUUAAGUGAAAGUUUAUUUGAAUUUUUACAGUAUAUUUUAACUAGGUCACAUUGUAUAUUAAUUGCUAGCACCAUUACACCCAUCCUGUGUAUAUGCAGAAAGCUUUGUUGCUUUCAGUCUAGCCAUCUAAUCAUAACUGCAGUAUUGAAGUAUAGAUAUGUCCAUAUCCAGUUAAAGGCAUAGCUCCUAGCAAUGGUUACUGGGUGAACCUUUGUGGGCAAUGGAUCGAGACCACUUACCUCAGUAAUGCAGAAUUUGUCCUUAUUUACAAAGGAAUGAGAGCCCAUGUUGAUAUCAUGUAAGCUGGCUGAUAGACACUAAACAGACAGAGAACUGUAUUGGCUGCCUUAUUUCCCCUGUCAGUGAUACCCAAUAGUUUUAACUGCAUUACCAAGUGUGAAAUGUGAUUGAUUGGUGUGGACUAUACACCUCAUAUUAGCUUUAGGGUAAAUAGUAGUUUUUCCAGUUAACUUGGGUAGAUACUUGAUGGUACCUAAGUUUUGCAGGUGAACACCAGUGGGAGUAAUAAGUCUUUUGUUGCUGUGUGAUCUGGAGACGAGUUGCUGUUGCCAAAUUUGAGACCAAGUCGGAAUGGACUCCUUACCAAAUUUGAUGAAUAAGCACGGCCUACAGAUUGUCUUGCUGGGGAAUUUAAGUCUUUUUCAUGUUUGCCAAAUAUUUAGUCAUUUAUUUGUCUCACACUCUUUUUCUUGUUAGCAUGUUGUCUUCUGCCUUGUGUAAAGCUUCUCUUUUCAGUAGGACUCGCAAAUUUAAGAAUAGUGUCGGUGAACAUAUUAUUAUCGUUACGAGGUAUUGCAUUUAUGAAAAUAGCUUCUUGCAAAUGAAUUAACAGUACUGUACAUUGAAAUGUACCAACAUUGGGAUGUAGCUAGAGUUUACCUGACCAUCUAAUGGAAACUAUGGAUCUACAAGAUUCUUUGCUUUUAAGAAUAGUUUAUGAAAAAGAGACUAGAAUUUUGAAAGUUCAUACAAUCAAGAAGCACGUUGAUUAUAAAUGUGCUUUUUCUUAUUUUAUGAUUGUGAAAAAAGUCUUUGGGUGUGAUUACUAAACAUUUUAAGAAUUCAGAAGCAGAGAUUUAGACAACUUGUGCUCCUUGAUUGAUAUGGUUCAGAGAGAUUUGUUAUGAAGAUCUGCAGAGUUGAAAUGUAACCUAUUUACAUAUUGGGAUAUUCUAAAGACUUGCCUUAAUUUUCUACUGUGGCUGAAUCAGUGAAUGGAGAGGUGGGCAUUGCAGAGGUCAGUCUUGGUGAUUGCUUCUUAAUCAUCUUAAAAGAGCACCAAAACGAUUUGUUAAUUUAACUGUUAUUAGCUUAAUAUCACAAACGUGAAUCAUAUAAUAAAAUUUAUGGGUGGACAAAUGUUUUAUUUUAAUGAAUAAUGUUGAAAAGUUGAACUUCAGACAAUUCUUAAAAGGGUAAUAGAAGUUAUUUAUUUGAUAAUAGUAAAGUAUCAAACAUAGUAUAUAAAAAUGUCUGCAAAUGUCAAUUAUGCUGUAAUGUGCUCUAGACUAAGAUGUUCAACAUUUUCUGAUAAUUAGGAAUCAAUUUAGCUUCAUAAACUCUCAAUCUCACUUCAGUAAGAAUGUGAUAAAAAAUGGCACAAGGCUAUUUAAAUUGUAAACUUUGCCAGCAUUCUCAAGGUGGAAGUAGACGUGUUGAUGUCUUAACUAUUGUAAGGGGUGCUUUGAGGAAAUUUAGUAAGCCUCUUUGAGUUCUAUCAGUAGUAAGUUUCCUAUGGGUUAAUAUAAUCGUUAUAAUAAUUUUGAAUAAGAUGUGUGCUUAUUUUUUCCUUGGUGAUUCAAGCCCAAAUUGUCUGUAUGAGUCAAGAUUGGUAGUAGAGGGUCAUGGCCAUGCUUCUAUGAGAUUCAAGAUUAUCGAACUACACAGUCUUACAAAGAGGUUAUUUCCAAGGUUCCCACAUUGCCUUUCUUGUCUCGUAUAAAUGUGAUUGACAUGUCAAGUGUAGCCCUGGUUUCACGCUUGCAUAGGAAAUUUUGUAAAGCAAUGUAAAGAAGCACAUUAUUUGCAAUAAAACAAUGCUAAAUAUUUACAAACUUUAAAA